UAAUCAUCAUCAUCAGCAUUCAGUGAUGAUCGCUUUCGUUUUUAUUUGUAAGAAGCACUUGGAAAAAGAAUAACAAAUAAUUUAGCUUUUAAUUACUUUUUUAUCGAACAAAUAACAGCACAAAAUUUUUACUAGUUGAUUCAUCAGAAGCACACUGUUUCCGGUGAGUGAAGCCAUUAUUCAAUGAUAUGCCUAUUCGCUUUGCACAAGAAGAAUAUCCGACUUGGAUCGGUUUCAUAUUCAUCUUCAACUUAAUCGUUGGAACGGGAGCGCUGACCCUUCCGUCCGCCUUCGGACACGCAGGAUGGCUGCUCGGAUCGAUCCUGAUCGUUGUGUUGGCCUUCGCCAGCUACAUGACGGUGACCUUCGUUAUCGAAACGAUGGCCUGCGCCAAUGCCAUCCAAAACUGGAGACAUCUGCAGUUCAUCAAGCGGGAUCGCGUGGAGGAGCACAGGGGGGAGGACGUUAAUGAAGUUGAACCGCUGGUGGCGGCAUCCGGAGGAGAUGAUGGCGAUAUAACUGACGCCAGUAUCGAGCAGACCCCGUUGAAUAUAAUGUAUUGCCGGAAUCAGUACUAUAGUCUGUCGAAAAAGAUUGAGUUGGGCGAGAUGGCCAACUUGUUUUUCGGGCGGGUAGGGCGGUUCUUGUUCUACUUUUGCUUGGCAGUUUACUUAUACGGGGACUUAAGCAUUUAUUCUGCUGCGGUGGCAAAAAGCUUGAGAGAUGUUUUGUGUGCCUACAAUCAUUCAUCCAAUGCGACGGACAGCGACGACUUUAAUCUACCCUGCUGGGAAGACAGCCUCUUUUCCCGCUUUGAUAUCUACAGAUUGUGCCUGAUGGUGUUCAUUGGCAUCCUCGGGCCGUUUGUCUUCUUCAAUGUACAGAAAACCAAGUACUUGCAGCUAGUGACAGUCAUGUUUCGUUGGUUGGCGUUCUCAGUUAUGAUCAGCAUUGCCAUCCAUCGAAUAUUCGCACAACAAACCGAUGAACCGAUUGUACCGAAACGAGUUGACGUAAACGGCAUACCGUAUCUCAUUGGAACCUGUAUUUAUUCGUUUAUGUGCCACCAUUCACUGCCCAGUCUGCUGACUCCGAUCUCGAACAAGCGUCGCAUCAAGUCGCUCAUAUCAAUGGAUUACGUACUGAUCUGUACAUUCUAUCUGUCGUUGGCACUGACGGGAAUUUUCGCAUUCAGCGACAUCAAGGACCUGUACACGCUAAACUUUGUGCCCAACUCCGAUCAGGAUAGCAUCUUCCUGAAGGGCAUCGAGUACUUCCUGGCACUGUUCCCGGUGUUCACCCUGUCUACCAGCUUUCCCAUCAUUGCCAUCACGCUACGGAGCAACCUGCAGACGCUCUUCCUCGAUACGACCCAAGUCGAGUCGUAUAACUUUUUCCUGCGGCAGGUGUUCUUCCCACUGUUGGCCAUCGUGCCGCCGAUCGUGGUGUGCUUCUUCACCGAGAGUGUUAUCUCGUUGGUGGGCUUCACCGGGUGCUACGCCGGAACCGGCAUACAGUAUUUGAUUCCGGUUUUCCUGGUGUUCUCGGCGCGACGUGCUUGCGAGAACAUAAUCGGGCGCGGAAUUGCCAACGAUUUUCGCAGUCCCUUCAAGGGCAACUUUUGGCUGUUGCUGAUCCUCAGUUGGACGCUGGGCUGUCUGGUGCUGGUGACGAUCGAUCUCAUGAAGUAGGACAAAGGAACAAGAAGAUACGUCUUCCCGAAUGGAGAAAACCAAACGGAUGCUACAAUUCUUAAACAAGUACGAGACUGAAAAACGCAAAUGUUGGGCAAAUAUGGUGCCACUUAUGUUUGUUAGGUUCGCCCUUACAUGUGAAUUUUUUUACAUAUAUUAAAUACUUAGCAAAACCUGAAAUUUCUGUGUAGUAGCUUCAUCUAUAGAUCACCAUCACUCAGUUCAGUUUACAGUUAUUAAUCAGUUUUCCUUUUUAUUGUAUCAAAAUCAAUAGUAUUACACAUUUCUACCGUUCCGAAUUGGCUUCGAGUGAUGUGUGAAUUAAAUCCAAUGUAGAAGCAGAUACAGAUUUGAACCCAGGCUUAAAGAAAGAAUUUAUUUUACUUGUAUUCACCUAAGGAGUAAGGAAAUCGAUAGCCGAGACAUCGAGCAAAUGUAGCAACAAAACCAUUUACAAAUAAUAGGCUGAACUAAAAUUUAUUUUGAAAGGAAACUUCAAUCUCGGUGUUUAACUAUCUGAGGCGAAAAAGAUAAUCAAAGAUAUCGAUGAAAAAAAAUAAAAGAUAGAAGAACAAAAGUACGAUUUUUUAUUCAA